UACGGUUUGGAGCUUCGAUAGCAAAAGGACUCUUGGAAGUGCGUUUUUCUCCAUCAGCGAAAGCGAAAUCUCGGAGAAACUUUAUUUAUAGCGUUUCCUUCUGCAUGUAUUUAUUCAGAAAUGACACAUGAUCAAUUGGUUGUGGUAGAGCGCUUGUAAUCCGUUCAACUUUUCGUUUGUUGGAGGUGUGUUCAACGACGACGAAGUGCAUUUACGAUUGUUAUUAAUUUGAGGAGUUUUUCUUGUCACGUCUUUUAAAUUCGCUGGCUUAAAUCAGUCAUGUCCAUUAGGGCAACGCUUAGUGACGAUGCCUUAAGCGAGCGGUUAUCAGACAAAGAUGUUUUCAAGAUCAAACUAUCGUUAUCUUGCCUAUCAAACCGAGUUGUGGUGUGUGGAACGACAGCAAGUCUUUACCUCUGGCAACCUCCGAGCAUCGAACGUCCUUCGAAUCAGUGGACGCUAGAACGCAAAGGAGUUCCAGUUUUGGUCAUCAGCACUGGAGAUUCUGGAGCAAGGAAUCCCAAAGGAGUGCAUCUGAGUUUAGUGGAACGAGAUAGUGGCUUUACAACGUGGAAAGAGACGCUAACUUCGAGUUCAAAUUACAGAGAACAACAAAAGAACUUUCAUACAAUGAUGCUCUCAAAUGGAGACGGGGCAAUGGCAGGUUUUCGUUUUAAUUGCGAGGAAGCUGCUAACGUGUUCUUAAAAGACGUUGAAGCUGCGGUGCAAGAAAUUUUGUCCUCUACUUCGGCCCCGGAACUAAAUAAACUUCCGAGCUCUAGCAGCAGAGAACGGUUAAAGAAAUUCCGUAAACUAAAGAAAGUCGAGAUAUCAACGCCAUGUUUAUUUAGUCAUGUAACGAGUAUAACAGCGGCGACGCAAAUUGGCGAGGGUGAAAACUCUCAACACAAAAAAGACAAAGACAAGGGGAAGACUAUGAACGGGGAUCUUAGCAGACCAGCUCAUAUCAGAAGAGCUUUUAGUAUGUCGAAGCGAAGAUAGCUGUGGGGUUUAGCUAUUUUUCUAGGUACUGCACUUUAAUACGCUGGCAACAAUCGCAAAGCGGAAAUUUUGCCCAAUUUUUGCUGUGUUUAAACAGCUAAGUUUAUACGGAUUAAUAUAUAGAUAUAAACAAGUAUUUUAGACCAUCAUUUUGAUGUGCGAUGUAUGUAUUUGUGGCAAAUAUUGUCAAUAGCUUGAUAGAGUUGUUUUUGUUUUAACAUAGAGAGUUAUGUCGAAUCACCUAUCGAGUAACUUAUAAAUAAGUCAUCUUCAACGCUUGCAUGUAGCUUACGUCGGCCGUAAAUAUAUAUACACUGCUCUUUGGAACCUUUAUUUGAUGUGGUUGUCUAACAGAGGGUUGUAAUUUAAUAAAUAAUUUUUAGGCCGGACCUCGAGUAAACAUAAUUUUAUUCUUCGCUA